UAAACUCACUUUAGAGUUACCAAAAAAGAACAGGCUUUCAAGAUAUCAGAUGCUCUACGGGAUGGCGGAGCUGGAGGGCCUGGAGUUUGGGAAGUCAGACUUUGUGCUGCUGGAUGAGGUCACCAUGGAGCAGUUCAUGGAGAAUCUGAAGCUGAGGUUUGAGAAGGGCCGCAUCUACACCUACAUUGGAGAAGUAGUCGUGUCCGUUAACCCGUACAGACAGAUGGACAUUUACGGCAAAGACACCAUCGAUGCGUACCGGGGCCGGGAGCUGUAUGAAAACCCUCCUCACCUGUACGCAGUGUCUGAUGCCGCCUACAAGGCCAUGAAGAGACGGGCCAAAGACACCUGCAUCGUCAUUUCAGGUGAAAGUGGGGCAGGAAAAACAGAAGCGAGUAAAUACAUCAUGCAGUACAUCGCAGCCAUCACAAACCCAAACCAGAGGGUGGAGGUUGAGAGUGUGAAGAAUGUGCUGCUCAAAUCAAACUGUGUGCUGGAGGCCUUUGGGAACGCCAAGACAAAUCGCAACGACAACUCCAGCCGCUUCGGCAAGUACAUGGACAUCAACUUCAACUUCAACGGAGACCCCACCGGAGGAAACAUCAACAACUACCUGCUGGAGAAGGUGAGGGGUAGGGGUGGCAGGAUGAUGGAGGGGCUCUGA